CACAGAGCUUCCUAACGGACCCUUUAUCUUUAUAAACCUGUGGAUGGAAACCCUUGUAAGGAUCAAAGGUAGGAUACAGAAUCUCCUGGACUCCUGCUGUGAAAAGAAGCUGCUAAUUUUUGUUGUUUUGUUUUUUAAUUUGGUGAUGUUUAUUUUUUGCUUUUCAUGUUGCACUUAAAAAUAGGAAAAAGCAAGGAAAGUGUGAUGGUUAGGAAACUGCAGCCUUCCCUGAGGUUUACCUAACCCAUGCAUUAGUGGGAAGAACCAAGUGACCGCCUCCAGAUGUGUGUGAGAGAGAGAGAGAGAACUGCUUGACUAUCUACAAUGAACAUCGCCCUCUUCACACUCCAACACUUACUCUUUGCUCCUUUGGCAGUGCCCAGGUUAAUGCUUAAUCCAUCGCACACCUAUAAUUUCUAAGGCCCAGCCCUGUUUAUGAGAAAGGGGUUAUGUCAAUGCCUUCAGAUCAGUUGGCCUAGUUUGCAGGUCGACCUGCUCAGAGACUCGUCUCCAGCUGUCAAGCAAAGGAACCUUCAGGACGGGUCGGAAGAAGCUUCCAAAAUGCCACGAAAAUCCAGCUUGUCCAUGGGCUUCGCCAUCGCCUUAGCCAUCCUGACGAUUUCUGCCAUCGGUGGGAUGAUCUCCAUGAUAAUCGCUUUUAAGGUUCAGACAGAUGAUAUGAAAAUGACACCGCCUCCAACAAUAAUACCACCUACAAUGGCACCGCUGCCGACGAGUUGGCGUCUACCAAGGUACCUGAUUCCUGAAAGGUAUGAGAUCACCAUCCAGGUUGACCUCUACACCAGAAUCGUGGAAGAGGUGAAUGUAACGACCCCAAACCAGACGCUGCACUUCCAUGGAAACUCCACUGUGCACUUCCAGUGUCACCAAAACACAGACGUCAUCUUCCUCCACAGCCUUGGGCUGAAGGUUUCCUCUCCACGCGUAAUUAAUAAAGACACAAAGAAGGAGAUGAAAGUCAUCUCACUCACACACCAGGAAAAUGGUACUGACUUCUUGGUGAUUCAAAUAGAAAACUUCUUUAAGAGGAACGGGAACUACAGUUUAUUUCUGGCGUUUAAGGGAGAAAUAUCGGAAUAUCUUGAUGCAUUUUAUGUAAGCAGAUAUGCUGAAUUUAACACCGAGGCUGAAAAUGUAACCAUAGAGGAAAGAUUUCUUGCAGCCACAGAUCUGGAACCAACAGGAGCAAGACAAAUAUUUCCAUGUUUCGAUGAACCAGACAUGAAGGCUGUUUUUCAGUUGAAAGUCAUCCAUAGACGUAAAACAAAGGCUCUGGCAAACGCAGAAGGAAAAGCACCCAUAAUUCUAAACGAUGAGUGGCAAAUGACCCUUUUUGAGGACACACCAAAGAUGUCGAGCUAUUUAUUUGCCUUCACAGUCUCAGAGUUUGAAGAUUUUGCCAAAUUCUAUUAUCACCGUGUGGAUAUCAAAACCUAUGCCCGUCCCGAAGCUAUAAAGGCACACCAUGCUGAUUAUGCCGCCAAAAUUACUGCUAAGAUCCUGGAUUUCUACGAAAAGCAUUUGGAUCAGGAGUAUGGAAUGAGAAAACUAGAUCAAAUUGCUCUGCCAGACUUGAAUUUUGCAGCAAUGGAGAACUGGGGUCUGAUUACGUAUCAGGAACCCGCUCUGCUCUAUGUGGAAGGAGUCUCCUCAUUGUUGCAAAAGGAAGCAAUCGCUGAAAUUAUAGCUCAUGAGUUGGCACACCAGGUAAGAGGGGAAAAAUCUGUUUCCUGCUUCCUGGAAUGGCUGAAUGAAGGGUUUGCCACCUAUAUGUCCUACCUUGCAGUGGACCAAGUUGAGCCAUUAUUUCAAAUAAAAGAGAUAUCAAUCAUGAAUGAUCUCCACAAGGCAUUUGAGGAUGAUGCUCUGCAGACAUCCCAUCCUCUCAGUCAAUCGGAAGAAUUUAAGGAACCUAGUGAAAUUCUUGGGAUGUUCGAUGCUAUAAGUUACUGUAAGGGAGCCAUGGUGCUGAGAAUGCUGGCGGACCACGUCUACCUCAAAAACCACACAGGAGGGAAUGUCGAACAGGAUGAUCUUUGGGAUGUGAUGGAUGAGGCCUAUGGAAUUGAGGACUCGGCUAGCCCUUCCGAGGUCAUUAAAAACUGGACGACUCAAAUCGGCUAUCCUGUCCUCACCAUCAACACCACUAAUGGAGAAAGCUACCAGAAGCAUUUCCUGUACAACAGCUCUGCUGUAUCCAACCAAACGUGGUACAUCCCAAUCAGAUACAAGAAGAAGAUAAGCUCUAACCCCGAUUAUUACAUCCUACUAAAUGGCACAUCAGAUAACAUGAGUUUCAUUACUGAGAAAGGAGAAUGGCUCCUGGCUAACAUCAACUGUACGGGAUACUACAGAGUCAACUACAACCUGGAGAAUUGGAAGCUCCUGAUGGGUCAACUGGAAACAGAGCCAGAUCACAUCCCACUGAUGAACAGAGGGCAGCUAAUUGAUGAUGCAUUCAACUUGGCCAGAGCAAAGCUGGUGAAUGUGACUCUGCCUCUGGAAAUGACCCGGUUCCUCCGUAAGGAGAAAGCUUUCCUCCCAUGGGAGUCAGCGAUCAGGAAUCUGGAGUACUUAGUCCUCAUGUUUGAUCGCUCUGAGGUUUAUGGACCCAUGCAGAGCUACCUGCGGCAUCAAGUAGAGGAGCUUUACAACCACUUCAAAAACCACACAGAUAAUUCCACCGUCCCCGAGGAUCACUCCUCACAAAGUGUUUUUCUGCCUUUAUUAUUCAGCAUCCACCCAAAUCUGCGCUCCACUAUCUACUGCCAAGCUGUGGCUGCCGGUGAGCAGAAAGAGUGGGAGUUUGCCUUUGAGAAGUUUCAGGAUUCCUUUGACAGCUCAGAGAGAGAGCAGCUGAGAAGAGCUCUUUCCUGCACCAAGCAGACCUGGCUUCUCAGCAGAUACUUGGAUUACACUUUGGACCCUGACAAGAUACGUCUGAUGGAAGCCACCUCCAUCCUUAUUGACAUAGCGCAAAACGCAGAGGGACAAGCGCUGGCCUGGGACUUCAUGAGAGCCCACUGGAAUUAUUUCAGUCAGGGGUAG